GUCACAAAUAAUAAAUACGUUUUCAUUUAAAAUACCAUUUUGACUUUGUUAUUAAAAUAUCAAUUUCUUAAUAAAAAUGUUGAAAUCUUUAUUGAAAAAUAGUUUUACAAAUAAUUUCGGAAAAAUUGUACUCCUAGCCAAACGUCAUCAUUGUGAAUUGCCGGCAAUUGUUAUGAAUAAUGGCAAUGAAAUGCCCAUAAUUGGUUUUGGAACAUGGAGUAGCUCCAAUGAUUUCGCAGUUUUAGAAAAAGUUGAACAGCAAGGUCAAAAGAAACCCAAACAAAAUAGCAAUAAUAAUGAGGAGUCCGAAAAAGUAGCUAAAGCAGUGGGUAUAGCUAUAGAUGCCGGUUAUCGUCAUAUAGACUGUGCUCAUUUGUAUAAAAAUGAAAAGGAGAUAGGGCAAAUUUUAAAAAAGAAAAUUGAAAGCGGAGUGGUCAAAAGAGAAAAUUUAUUUAUAACCAGCAAAUUAUGGAAUACUUACCAUAAUCCCGACACUGUCUGCUGCGCUUGCCAACAAACUUUGGAAGAUUUGGGUCUUGAAUAUUUGGAUAUGUAUUUAAUGCAUACACCUAUGGGAUUUCAAACAGGUGAAGAACUUUUUCCCAUAUGUCAGGGUGAGUUGUUAUAUAGUGAUGAUGAUUUUCUCAACACUUGGCAAGCUAUGGAGGAUUUGGUGGAAAGUAAAUUAUGUAAGAAUAUUGGUAUAUCCAAUUUCAAUAAGAAACAAAUCAAAAGAUUACUUAAGAACUGUAAUAUAAGACCACAAACAUUACAAAUCGAAAUACAUCCUUAUCUGACUCAAAAGGAAUUAGUUAAUUAUGCUAAAUGUCAAGAUAUUUGUAUUACCGCUUAUGCACCGGUGGGCUCACCCAAAAGACCUUGGGCUAAAAAUCCCGAAAAGGAAAGAAUACUUUUAAAAGAUUAUAAGAUUUCACAAUUAUCGGAAAAACAUAAACGUACUCCGGCGCAAAUUUUAUUGCGCUAUCAAAUACAAUGCGGUCAUGCUGUUAUACCCAAGUCUAUGGAUAAAAAACAUAUUGCAGAAAAUAUUGAUAUAUUCGAUUUUGAAUUGUCUGCCGAAGAUGUUUUAAAUAUCGAUAGUUUAAAUCAUAAUUUGCGUUAUUUUCAAUUUUCAGGAGCUUCUGGCCAUCCUUAUCAUCCAUUUGAGCAAUCCAAUGAGACCCAGAAAUGUUAAGCAAAAUAAUUUUGAAAUUUUGCAAAAUAAAUUUUUUAAAUUUUACCCUUUUUUACAAUAAAAAUUAAUUUUUAAUAAUAG